GCUUGCACACAUCUGUGACGUCACAGACUUUUUGAAUGUUUAUGUUUACAAAAGUUUCAUAGCAGCAGGUGGAAGUUUAAUGAGAAAUAGGUUCGGAAAAUGUUGAUUUCGUUAAGAAAUGAUCAUAAGCAGCAUCUGCAAUUACUAAUAGAGCAACCUGAGCAAGUUGUAUUGGAUUUUUGCAAAUUGGCUUCAGAUUUCAUAGAGAAUGGACCAAAUAAAAAAAUUUACCAAUCUGCAGCCUCCAAACUUAGUGUGACCACAGAAGACAUUCAAAAUUGCAUUUAUGGGAUAAUCAAUUUGGUUUUAUUGGCAUGUAGACAUAAGCUCUCAGAGGCUGACUUCCGGGAUUCGGUUUUAACAUUAGGCUUCUCAACAGAUCAAGAAGCAAUUUUAAGUAAAUUUUAUGAAACUAAAAAAGAUGAUAUCCAUAAAGUACGUCGCCCCGAGUUUAAUGACCCCCACUUUAAUGACUUAGAUUGGAGGUUUGAGGUCCAGUUAGCUUCGAGAUCUCUCCUUCAACAAGUAACACCAUUAAUUACCAUGGACCUCUCUCUUAGAACUUCCAAAUCAGACGGAUCUGACCCAGAAAUAGAGCAUCAUUUGCUUCAGACCGAUCCUACUAACUUGGUCCAUCUUGCUAAUGAGCUCGAAAAUGCACUGAAUGAGUCGAAGAGCAACUACUCAAGGAAAAUUCAAAAAACUUUGAAAAAUAUGCAGUUGUAGAUAAAUUAUUGUGAGUUUUGUUAUGUAUUCUAAAUAUAAUAUAUAUUUAAUGAAUUU